UUUGCAGCCUAUUCAGCUUUCAAGCUGGAGGGGGAUCCUGGACAGCCACGUAGACAUGCUCAACACUGGAAGAAAAAGCGCAGCAACCGGAGGCGAGCCACCGCCAGUCAACCAAGGGACGAGCUAAGUACGAAUGUGGGUGAUUCCAGCCCUCCGGAGACCCCGGUGCCUCAAGUCCAUAGCCGCCCUACGGUUCUGAUGAGGGCUCCGCCUGCUUCCUCCCGGGCUCCUCCUGUCCCUUGGGAUCCACCUCCAGUGGACUUGCAGGCUCCCCUGGCUGCUUGGCAGACUCCUCAGCCUACAUGGGAGGCUCCGGAGGGCCAGCUGCCUGCCCCAGUGGCUCAGCUGGCCCAGACUCCUGCCCUAGGGGCCCCAAUGGUCCAGGGCCCACCGCUGGGGGGAGGAAUGACCAAGCCUCCAACUCCUGGAGUCUUGAUGGUUCAUCCUCCCCCUCCUGGAGCCCCAGUGGCCCAGCCUUCUACUCCAGGAGUGCUGAUGCUGCACCCUUCUGUCCCGGGGGCCCCUUUGGCUCAUCCUCCUCCUCCAGGAACCCCAAUGACACACCCUCCUCCUCCUCCUCCUCCUGGGACCCCGAUGGCGCACCCUCCUCCUCCUCCUGGGACCCCGAUGGCCCACCCACCUCCACCUGGGACCCCUAUGGGCCACCCUCUGCCUCCUGUGAACCCUAUGACCCAUCCUCCUCCACUCGGGAACCCAAUGGUGCAUCCUCUUCCUCCCGGAAACCCAAUGGUCCAUCCUCCCCCACAUGGACCGCCAAUUCCACAUGGUCCCAUUGCGGGGACACCAAUAGCACAGCCACCAACGCCAGGAGUCCUGAUGGCCCAGCAGCUGACACCGGGAGUCCUGAUGGUCCAGCCGCCUGCUCAAGGAGCUCCAAUGGUUCAGCCUCCUCCUCCGGCUGCCUUGAUGACCCAGCCUCCACCUUCGAUGACUUCGAUGGCCAAGCCUGCUGGUCCUGGUGUCGUGAUGAUCCAUCCUCCAGCUGCCAGAGCUCCAAUCAUUCAGACUCCUGUAUCGGGAGCACCAAUGGCUCAGCCAGUGAUGCCCCCAGGGCAGCCCCUGGCUUCUUGGGCCCCACAGGGUCAGCCUUUGAUCCUGCAAAUCCAGUCUCAAGUCAUAAGGCCUCCUCCACAGGUUCCCCCUGCCCCCCCAGCCCCCCAGGUGCAGCUGGCCACACCCCCAGGCUGGCAAGCCACUACACCCAAUUGGCAGGUGACCCCCCAGGGUUGGCAGCCUAACCCUUUGGCCUGGCAGGCCACGCAGGUCACGUGGCAGGCCCCAGCGAUAGCCUGGCAGGCCCCUCCCCCUGCGCGCCAAGGACCCACAUCCAUUCGUACCGGGCACACACCCAUUCGACCUGGACCGCCUCCAGUGCUUCGCCAGAUACCUCCUGUGAUGCGUCAGACCCCACAUGUGAUGCGGCAAGCCCCACCACUGAUCCGCCAUACCCCUCAGCCUAUCAGACCAGCUCCACAUGGCAUAGCAAGCCAGCCUCAGCUGUGGCAAAUCCUGCCACCCCCACCUCCACUGCGUCAGGCUCCACAGGCUCGUGUACUAGUCCCAAGGGUACCAGGGACACCCCAGGUGCCUGCAGCAUCAUCAGUUGCUCAGAUACAUUUGGUUCCACAGGCAGGCCCACAGGUGCCUCAGACAAUGCUGCCAGGCGCACUUUCUAUCCCAAUUCCGGUGCCCCCGGCUGCCUCUCAGUCUGCUCCCAGGGCUGUGCAUUGCCCAUCCAUCAUCUGGCAGGCCCCCAAAGGUCAGCCUCCGGUGCCACAGGAGCUCCAGGUGCCACAGGAGCUCCCAGUGCCUCAGGAGCUCCCGGUGCCACAGGAGCUCCAGGUGCCACAGGAGCUCCCGGUGCCACAGGAGCUCCCGGUGCCACAGGAGCUCCCGGUGCCACAGGAGCUCCAGGUGCCACAGGAGCUCCCGGUGCCACAGGAGCUCCAGGUGCCACAGGAGCUCCCGGUGCCACAGGAGCUCCCGGUGCCACAGGAGCUCCAGGUGCCAUUGGAGUUCCAGGAGGCACAGCAGGCCCAAGCAAUGGGCUGGCGGGCACCCAAGGUACCCACUCACUUCUGGCAGCCUGUGCCUACCCAGGAGGCACAGGAGCAGGCCACUCAGAUCGCCCAUGUGGAGCAGCAGCAGCCCUUUCAGGGAGCGUCAGCCUCCCCCAGAGCACUGCAAACUCAGCUAGCUGCCCACCAGGCACAGCCCACAGGCCUGCAAGCAGAACUGCCAUCGGUGCAGCUGCAGCCUUCUUGGCAAGGCCCACUGCCAAUGUUGCAAGCCCAGCCUGGAGCCUCUGCAACACCGACAAAUUUUCCCAGGGGCUCCACUAGGUCACUUAUGACUCCAUCAGGAGAGCCUGGCCCCUCUUCUCUAGAACCUCGGGGCCCUUCUAGAGAUCGUAGGACCUCUGCACGGGACAGAAAGGGUCCUCCAAAGGAGCGCAUGAUCAUUGGUGCCACCUUCUCUGCUCCAAGGGCAGCAUCAGCUUCCAGGGCAUACAUGCCAACUGCCUGGAAAAACUUGUCUGCCACAUCAGAGACCUUUCCUGCCACCUCAAGGGUCUUUCCAUCUACCUCUCAUUUCCACCCUGCCUCUUCUAAUUCCAUUAGAGGCCCCUCUGCCACCUCAGAGAGCCCAAAGUCACUGCCAUUUGCUCCACAGGAUCCUUUUGCCUGUGUAGAGGCCCUGCCUGCAGUUCCCUGGGUUCCAUAUCCCGACGUGAAUGCCCCACCAGCGUGUAAGUCAGUGCCUGCCAUCCUGAUGAUGACAGCAGCUGCUCCCCAGGCAAGUGCCACCGGUGCAGAGGCCUCCAAGUCUUCAGAGGCACCACGACGCUCUGGCAAAGCCACCAGGAAGAAGAAGCAUCUGGAACCCAAGGAGGACAACUCUGGCCAUAGGAUGGCCUCACGUGACUGGCAGGGCCCUCGAUCCUGGGAGAAUCCCAGCCAGAAUGACUGGGAAAUCCAAAGGGCUAUGCAGCUCCUGGGGGACGAGGAAUCCCUCCACACUCCCCAGAACAGGAAUGGCUGGGGGUGUCCGAAUACCUCUAGGAUUCCAAGGGGCUUCGAUGGCCCCAGCACCUCACAGGACCAGGGGUUCUGUGAUAGCUCAAUGGGGUCUCAGUCAUGGAUGGUCUCUGAGGUCCCAAGUGCCUCUCGGGGAUCCAGUGCUGCUCAGGAGGACUCCAAUGAGGAGAGCCAGCAGCUGUCCCCCUUAGAUGAGAGAGCAAAUGCUUUGGUGCAGUUUCUCUUGGUCAAAGACCAAGCCAAGGUGCCUGUUCAGCUCUCGGAGAUGGUUAAUGUUGUCAUCCGAGAAUAUAAAGACGAGAGCUUAGAAAUCAUCAGCCGUGCAAACACUAAGCUAGAGUGCACCUUUGGCUAUCAACUGAAGGAAGUUGACACCAAAACCCAUUCUUACAUCAUCGUCAAAAAGACGGGGAAUCCUCAGUGUAGUUUGCUGGCAUCCUAUUUAGACAGGCCAAAGUUCAAUCUCCUGAUGGUGGUCUUGAGCCUCAUCUUUAUGAAAGGCUACUGUAUAAGGGAGAAUCUGCUCUUUAACUUCCUGUUCCAAUUAGGGCUGGACGUCCACGAGACAAGCGGUCUCUUCAGAAGUACAAAGAAGCUCAUCACCAGUGUGUUUGUGAGACACAGGUACCUAGAGUACAGGCAAAUCCCGUUCACUGAGCCAGCAGAAUAUGAGCUUCUCUGGGGGCCCCGGGCAUUCCUUGAGACAAACAGGGUGCAUAUCAUGAGAUUUUUGUCAGCUCUCUAUGAGAACCAGCCGCAGACCUGGUCAUACCAGUACCUUGAAUCGUUGGGAGAGUUGGAAUACAAGGACACAAAUGAAGAGCCCCACGACAGCGAUGACGAUUCUCACGAACCCACCAGCAGUCACCAUCCUCAUUAAUAGGUGUU